UGUCCGCCAUCAAGUAGUAUUUGGAGUCGUCUUCCCGCCCUGUCUACUAUAUUCUCGUUAUUCUCCACCUCCACCUACCUACCUUCAAGUUCAAAUCCAGAACCUCUUCCCUGUUGCUGCUCAAGAUGCCACGCGUCACUUCUUUUAAAUUCAUUGACGAAUCUGCUCGCGAAUGCAGGGAGUGUAAUCUGGUGUUCGAUUAUCCCUAUCAGAUGCGCAAACAUAUGCAGACUCACGGACAUGCUGACGCGUCCCAAGCAAAAUUCCGUUGCACAUGGAGUGGUUGCGCAUACUCGAGUUCACAGAGAUCAAAUUUCAACACGCACUACCGUACUCACACCCAAGAGAAAUCUAAAACUUGCCCCGACUGCAGUUUCAGGACCGGUGAUCCCUCGUCACUCACUCGCCACCGAAAGAGGAUCCACAACUACAUCCCGAACCCAAGAAAGGCUCGAAGAUCUUCCUUCUUCGAUAAAUCUCUUUCCCCUGCAUCCAUUACCCCAACUUUUCAAUCCACCGUGGAUUUUGCUUCCGUCCCCACAUCGUUCUCUGGGAGUCCUUCGACCUCUGAUUCUAGCGCGACCCCCUCAGACUUUUCGCCGUUGUCUUUGGAUUUCGGGAUGGACCCGUCCUUCGACGCCACUGGCUUGGACUAUUCCUGUAAUCAAGCCGCCGACACGCUCCCUCUUAGCUUAGGCGACCUCUUCAACCAGCCUCCCGCCUUCCAGCGCUUUGACGACUUCGGACUCACCGACUGUCCGCGACCACUAUUCCCUGCUGUGGACAGUACAGCAUCAUUGGAGCGAUCCAGAAACAACAACCUCCAGUCUCGUUCCGAGUCCUGGUCUGAUCUGUCUUUGUUGUUUGGGAACAAUACUACGCCUUCGCUCAAAGGAAUUGGCUCGUCAGACAUGACUCACACAUCCGAGUUUUCUUUCUUUGCAAGCCCAUAUGACAAUACAUGGCAGACCAAUGCUGGUGUUUCCAACUUUCAAAGUUAUAACCAAUGUCCCGAGGUCCCUGUUCAACACCUUCAGCCUGAGCAUAUGUCAUACGAAUCAUGCGCUGGCAUGGAUUAUAUGACAGGCUUGGAUCCUUCGACGUCUGUGGUUAUCUCGCCAGAAGACUUGGAAGUCAUUUUCGGCUCCAAUACCCACCACGAUCAGCAUGUCGAGCACGACGCAGGGUUUCCUGAGGUUUCCCCGUGUUUCAACCUCCCCUCGUACGAUUCUCCUGACAUUAGUCAAAAUCAAACUUUACCUUUUGAAUCUUUGGAGUCUUUACCUUUCGAGUCUAUUGACACUCAGACCUUACCUCUCGAGUUUUUUGAGCCAUUCCCUUCAACUUCAUUUCCUUCAUUAUCUUCAUCAUCCACGGAUCCACUGUUCGAUCUCGACCAGUUCGCUGCUUCUCUCGCAUGCUAAGGACUUUGCAUAACUCAUCUGUUCAUUUAUUAAAUCAAGGACUUCUACAUACUAUGACAUUCACUUCGAGAAUCACACUGUAUAUCUAC